UGUAGAUGAAUAGAUGAAUGAAGUGAAACGCAGCUGAAACAACAGUAACUGUUACUCUGCUAUUGCUAGUAUCGUUAGGCAACUUAGGGUGCUUGCGAUCCUUGACGGUGUUGUCCCAGCUGGCAGAGGAGGAUUUCUACAACGAGGACAUUGUCGAGUCUAUUUUGUACAUGUUGCGGCUGAUGGCGUAGAGUCUACUACUGGUGAAAGGUCGAAACGACCAGCAGGAUCUAUGAUCACUAAACUAAAGAAGCGCCGUAGGGAGUGGCGUCAGACCAUCCUAAUUAUUAUCUUGCUGUGCGUGACUUUCUGGGAGCUGGCUGGUCACUGGGUCUGGUUUCUUCGUUCUCCGGUGAAUGUGACGCCUGGAGGGUGUACCCGCUUCCUGCUCGUGGGUGAUCCCCAAAUCCAAGGAUAUUACGGAGAGCCUGGUGGUAUUUUUGGUUUUCUGACACGCUGGGAUGUAUACUCUUACUUGCAAUCAUAUGUAGCAGCCGGGUAUAGGCUAUCUCAACCAGAUGAAGUAGUAUUUCUGGGCGAUUUGCUGGACGAGGGCUCUACUGCGAGCGAUGAUGAGUUUAGCAGCUAUGCCGGGGCGUUUCACCAGCUGUUCCCCUGGUCACAAAUGCCCAGGCAGAUCUUCGUUGCUGGUGAUAACGACAUAGGCGGAGAAGGCAUGCAUGACUACAUCAGCAAGGGAAAGGUCCGCCGCUUUGGCAUGCACUUUCGCCCUGUGAAUGGCAACAAGACGGCCAAGAAUGGAGUCUCGCUUAUCUGGAUCAACAGUAUGGCACUAUCAUACCGCUACAUGACUGACCCGGACGUCCAAGAAGAGGCAUUGGAUUUUCUCAAGUCAUUGGCACAGCGGCGCAAUGCAUCGCCAAGCACAGCGCGGCCCGGGGUCCUGUUCUCUCAUCUCCCACUGGAGGAGAUGAGCCGCAGGCGGUUGCUUGCUGAGCUCGGCAUUAACACGGUUUUCUCGGCACACACGCACGACUUCAGUACAGCAGUGUACUCGCGCGGUGGCUUGCGGACCGGCCCGAGAGAUGCCACUUGGGAUGGACGACACGUGAUGCAAGUCACUUUUGACGAGGCCACAUUGCCGUGUUAUGCCGCGGGCGAAUGCGUCUUGAGUGUCAGCGUACCAACAGUGUCCUAUCGUAUGGGCAAGUCAUCAAUGGCACUGUCCGUUGUGGACAUAGAUGCCGCUGGUCGAGUACAGAACUUGAUCGUUCUGCCGCUCCCACCUCGCUAUCCUGUUCUUAUCGGUUAUCUGGUGUUGGCUGUACUCUGUUGCGUUUGUGCAACAUGCUUUUGAUCCCCAUCCCACGCUCACAUGUACUCAUAUUCACUAAUCACACAGCAAUGAUACAACCUAGUCUUCUUCUGACUCAUAUUCACAUAGGUAUCACAUCCAUUAUGCGUUAUGGUCAUGGAACAUUACACAGCUCUUCCCUGAUCGGACAGAAGUACAUGUACCAUAAAUCCCAUUUCCAAGGGAGUAUGAGCUGAAUACUUUUUUUCUUCUUUUUUUUGAAGUAUGGUACUUGACAAGUUGACCACGACUUUGACUAGGUUUUAUUUAUAAUUUUUUUUUAAAUUCACGGUUCGCCGAGUUUUCGCAUCCAUAGGAAAGCCACUAACCUCUAGGAUCAAGGUGCAGAUGCAGCUUUAUUGCUAAAGUUGACGCAAAUUCCAGUUAAACUUCCUGCCCUUGAACUUUGCUUCUUCUCAUGAAGGCCAAGCCGAGUUAUCUAUCUGCUGGUGCAUCUCCAUUCUCCGUUGUGUUUCUUAUCUGCCGAUGGUUUUUAAAUCGAGUUCCAAGCAAGGCAUCUCACACAUAACUUUGAAAUUAUCAGUUUAUCACGAUUGAUUUUUAUUGCUGCUACAGGUCUACCCAAGAGU